GGCACGGUCGCAGGGCGCUGCGCCGGGGAGGGGGCGCUGCGCCGGGAGGGGGCGGGCGUCGUCCGCCCGGGAGGCUGCAGACCCCGGCUCCCGCGAGCGCCGCGCCGGGCUUCGCUGUUCCACGCGGCUCCAGCGGGGAUGGAGGACUCGGUGGCAGCGGCUGCUGCGGCGGCGACGGAGGAGCGGCUCUGAGGAGGGGACAGCGGGAUUAGAGUUCUCCAGAAUACGCAUCAUAUAGGUGGACUGGUGAUGUCUUCCUGAGGGAACCUCCCCUCUGUCAUCGGGUCAUGCAUAGCAACUGUUCUUGACUGGGCCAUUCAUCGAAAACAGGAUUUACCCUGUGAAACAGGGAGAAGACUUAAUGGACUCCAAGCAUCAUUUCAAGUUUUAGAGUUUUUUUGUUUUGUUUUUUGUUUUUGAAAGUACAGACAUACAUGCAAAGCUCUUGGGCUUUGGACCCUCUGCUUUAUUAAGGCCGCUGUGUCGCUAAUCCAAGAUUGUUCCAGUCUAUCGACCUAUCACCAUGGCUUCAGUUUGGAAGAGACUGCAGCGAGUGGGAAAACAUGCCUCCAAGUUCCAGUUUGUGGCCUCCUACCAGGAGCUGAUGGUUGAGUGUACAAAGAAAUGGCAGCCAGAUAAAUUGGUGGUAGUCUGGACGAGAAGAAGUCGGAGGAAGUCUUCCAAGGCUCACAGCUGGCAACCUGGAAUAAAAAAUCCAUACCGUGGUGUGGUUGUUUGGCCUGUUCCUGAAAACAUUGAGAUCACUGUGACUCUUUUUAAGGAUCCUCAUGCAGAAGAAUUUGAAGACAAAGAGUGGACAUUUGUCAUUGAGAAUGAAUCCCCUUCUGGUCGGAGGAAAGCUCUUGCUACUAGCAGCAUUAAUAUGAAACAGUAUGCAAGCCCUAUGCCAACUCAAACUGAUGUCAAGUUAAAAUUCAAGCCAUUAUCUAAAAAAGUUGUAUCUGCCACUCUCCAGUUUUCAUUAUCUUGUAUCUUUCUUCGGGAAGGAAAAGCAACGGACGAAGAUAUGCAGAGUUUGGCUAGUUUGAUGAGUAUGAAGCAGGCUGACAUUGGCAAUUUAGAUGAUUUUGAAGAAGAUAAUGAAGAUGAUGAUGAGAAUCGAGUGAACCAAGAGGAAAAGGCAGCAAAAAUUACAGAGAUUGUAAACCAGUUGAAUGCUCUGAGCAGCUUAGAUGAAGAUCCAGAUGACUGCAUAAAGCAAGCACAUAUGCCCUCAGCUAGAUCAGCCAGUUCCUCUGAAGAACUUAUCAAUACACUUAACUUUUUGGAUGAUGCACAAAAGGACUUGGCCACUGUGAAUACAAAUCCAUUUGAUGAACCUGAUGUAACAGAAUUAAACCCAUUUGGAGAUCCUCACUCAGAAGAGCCAGUCACUGAAACAGCAUCAGCUAAAAAACAUGAAGAAUCUUCUUAUAAUAACAGCUGUAAUCCCUUUAAAGGUGCGCAGACUCCACAGCAUUUGAACCCAUUUGAUGAGCCUGAACCCUGUGGAAUUAUCAAGGACUCUCCACCGCAGCCCACAAAGAGGAAAACCCUGAGACCCGUGGACAUGAGCAAGUACCUCUAUGCUGACAGCUCGAAAAGUGAGGACGAGCUGGACGAAUCCAAUCCUUUUUAUGAGCCCAAGCCAACUUCUCCAAACAAUUUGGUCACUGCAGUGCCAGAAGGGGAGGCUGAAAGGAGAGUGAAAAGAAAGGCCCCGGCCCCGCCAGCCCUCCCGGCCAAGCCUGGAGUCAGCGAAAGCCAGGUCGUUCCUACAGGAAGAGAGCGCUCCACUUCUCCCAAGCCAAGCCCAAUACCAAGUCCUGUUCUGGGGCAAAAGCCAAACGCUAGUCAGUCCUUGCUUGCAUGGUGCAAAGAAGUUACAAAAAACUACCGGGGUGUGAAAAUCACUAACUUUACUACGUCGUGGAGAAAUGGUUUAUCUUUCUGUGCAAUCUUACACCACUUUAGACCAGACUUAAUUGACUACAAGUCUCUGAAUCCUCAAGAUAUUAAAGAAAACAACAAAAAGGCUUAUGAUGGAUUUGCCAGCAUUGGAAUUUCCCGUUUACUGGAACCGUCUGAUAUGGUUUUAUUAGCAAUCCCUGACAAACUGACUGUUAUGACUUAUCUCUAUCAAAUAAGGGCCCAUUUUAGCGGUCAAGAGCUAAAUGUGGUUCAGAUAGAAGAAAACAGCAGUAAAAGCACAUAUAAAGUUGGAAAUUAUGAAACAGACACAAACAGUUCUGUCGAUCAAGAAAAAUUCUACGCAGAGCUGAGCGACCUGCAGCGGGAGCCCGAGCCGCGGCGGCCUGCCAGGGGGGCAGUGGGUUUCCUGCCGCAGGACGACUCUGUGUUUGUCCCUGACAGUGGAGGAGGAGAGUCCGAGAGUGAGCACCAGACCCCAGACGACCACCUGAGUCCAAGCACAGCCUCCCCUUCCUGCCGCAGGACUAACGGCGACACGGAGCCCCACAGGUCCCAGCAGAGCUCGGGAAGGACUUCAGGGUCCGAUGACCCUGGGGUAAGUUCCAGCACAGAUGAAGCCCAAGCACUGGUUUUGUCUGGCAAGAAGAGGCUCCUGAAAGCUGAGAAUUUAGAAUUGAGUGACUUACAUGUCAGCGGUAAAAAGAAGGAUGUGUCUCCUCCCUCAAUUUAUGAGCAAAAGCCUCAGAUUGUUAAUACCAGCAGUGACUUAGAACAAGAGAAAAUAGACAAUUCCAGACCUUUAGAAUGCAGAUCAGAUGGUGAAUCGGCUAUCAAAAAGCCAGGUUUAUCCCCUCCUUCUAAACUUGGAUAUUCAUACAGUAGAGAUACAGACUUCACGAAAAAAAUAUGCACUUCUCUGAGGCAGUCAGAGUCUGAUCCAGAUGCGGACAGAAACGCUUUAAAUCAUGCAGAUCCCUCCACCAAAACAGUGCAGCACCGAAUGUUGUCCAGACAAGAGGAGCUGAAGGAAAGAGCGAGAGUUCUGCUUGAGCAAGCGAGACGAGAUGCGGCUGUCAAGGCCGGGAGCAAGCAUGCUGGCAGCGCAGCCCCUCCGCUCUCCAGCGGGCAGCAGAGCGAUCAGCAAGAUGAAGAGAGACGUCGGCAGCUGAGAGAGAGGGCUCGUCAGCUAAUAGCAGAAGCUCGAUGCGGAGUGAAGAUGUCAGAACUUCCCAGCUAUGGUGAAAUGGCUGCAGAAAAGUUGAAAGAAAGGUCAAAGGCAUCUGGAGAUGAAAAUGAUAAUAUUGAGAUAGAUACUAACGAGGACACUCCUGAAGGCUUUGUGGUAGGAGGUGGAGAUGAACUUACUAAUAUAGAAAAUGACCUUGAUACUCCCGAACAAAAUAGUAAAUUGGUGGACUUGAAGCUGAAGAAGCUCUUAGAAGCCCAGCCACAGGUGGCAAAUUCGCUCUCCAGUGCUUCCCAGAAAGCUGCAACUGAUAUCUCAGAGCAAAAGAAUGGCGUGGAAGAUCUUCGGACUGAGCGAUUACCAAAAGCAACAGAACGUUUCAGAAAUCCUGUUGUGUUCAGCAAGGAUUCUACAGUCAGAAAAACUCAACUCCAGUCUUUCAGUCAGUAUGUUGAGAAUAGACCAGAGAUGAAAAGACAGAGAUCAAUACAGGAAGAUACAAAGAGAGGAAACGAGGAGAAAGCAGCGAUAACUGAAACUCAGAGGAAGCCGUCAGAAGAUGAAGUACUUAAUAAAGGGUUCAAAGACACCAGUCAGUAUGUUGUAGGAGAAUUGGCAGCACUAGAGAAUGAGCAAAAGCAAAUUGACACCCGUGCCGCGCUGGUGGAGAAGCGCCUCCGCUAUCUCAUGGACACAGGAAGGAACACAGAAGAGGAGGAGGCCGUGAUGCAGGAGUGGUUCAUGCUGGUCAAUAAGAAAAAUGCCCUCAUCAGGAGGAUGAACCAGCUCUCCCUGCUGGAAAAAGAACAUGACUUAGAACGAAGAUAUGAGCUACUGAACCGGGAACUGCGGGCCAUGCUAGCCAUCGAAGACUGGCAGAAGACCGAGGCCCAGAAGCGACGGGAACAGCUCCUGCUGGAGGAGCUAGUGGCCCUGGUGGACAAACGCGACGCCCUUGUCAGGGACCUGGACGCCCAGGAGAAGCAGGCGGAAGAAGAAGAUGAGCAUUUGGAGCGAACUCUGGAACAAAACAAAGGCAAGAUGGCCAAAAAGGAGGAGAAGUGUGCUCUUCAGUAGCCUGCAGACCGGGGCUCUCUCAGCAGCUUAGCCUUAGGUCUCCAGGCCAGGGACAGACUGGUCGACUUAAAACUUUUUAACAUUUUGUUUGACUGGAUUGUACUUCCGGACCACCACCCCUUUUCCUCCUCUCCAGAUAAUAUACAAAACUCCAGAUAGCGUUAAGGAUUCUUUGUGAGUUAAUCAUGAAAUCAUUUUUGCAACUAUGCGAAGUAGAUUUGCACAGACACCUUGCGAAUGACCAGUGAUGGAGAUGCUCGAGAAACUGUCCAAAAGAGGGGAAGGCUUCCCUCAUCACUUCCCUUCUGUCUGGGCUGGGAGGAACAUUUGAAACACGUUUGUUGUAGUAUUGUUGGUAAUAGCAUAAUGGCAGUGGGUGGGGGGCAAAGGGGAAUAAGAAAAUGUCAUGAAUGAUUUUUUUCCAGUCCUGCCGUAUGUAACACUGUUACCGGAAUCCCAUCGUUAGAUCAUAUUCUGUAUAUUGACGAAACUGUGUUCCAUUUGCCAGUUCGGUUUUCUGCAGCCGUUUGCAUUUCACAUAAAGAUAAUAAAGUUCCUCUCUGCUCUCCUCAGAGGAUGGCCCUUUAAGGUAGCCUGAGAUAAAUCCUGGGCUUUGAAAGGUGAACUGUGAGAAUGGCCCCAAUAGCAGUGAGCAGUUUACAAAGACAGUUGUAUCAUCUUGACGAUGCGCCAUCUUUUUCUCUGAAUAAUUAUUUAUUACAUCUUGCUUGGUUCCUACUUUCCGUUGGGGCUCAACAUUGGCUCAAGAAUGCUGUUAAUAUUUAUUUCUGUAUUGAUGAAAGUCUGUCUUGGCACUACAAGUAAAUCUCCAGUUACAUCUCUAGCAUAGCACUGUGUUUUGUGAAAAUGGUUAUGUUUAUUUAUUACAAUACUGAGUCAUAAAUUUUCAAUAAAAACAGAAACUUUCUU